UCUACAGAGAGACACAGACAGGUUCAGGUCUACAGAGAGACACAGACAGGUUCAGGUCUACAGAGAGAUGAAGAUGAUGAAGAUGAUGAAGAUGAUGAAGAUGAUGAAGAUGAUGAUGGUCCUUGUCCUCUCUGGUCUCCUCUGUGUCUCAGCUGACGUUCUACAUCAGGACCUUCGUAUCACCGGCUGUUCAGAGUCUGAUGGAGAGGACAUGUAUGCUCUGGAGGGUGAAGAGACAUGGGUCGCAGACUUCAUCAACCAGAGAGAAGUCUACCCUCAGCCCAGUUUCACAGAUCUUGUUACCUGCCCAGGAUGUUAUGAAGGAGCUGUGGGUAAUCAACAGGUCUGCAGAGGGAACCUCAACCUUUGUCGUAAAGCCAUCAAGGACCCGCUGAGGAAUUACCCUCCUUCCAGUCUGAUGGUCUACCCCAAAGAAGACGUGGAGCUCAGAGAGAAGAACACCCUCAUCUGUUAUGUGACUGGUUUCUAUCCUGCUCCUGUCAACUUCUACUGGACAAAGAACGGAGAGAACGUCACCCAAGGAACCAGCACCAACGUUCCCUACCCCAACAAAGACGGUUCCUUCAACCAGUUCUCCAGACUGGAGUUCAUCCCACAGCUGGGAGACAUCUACAGCUGUACAGUCAAACAUCUGGCCCUGGACCAACCACUGACCAGAAUCUGGGGUCAGACAACUUUAUUAACACUCACACUGAAUACAAUCAGCUCAUUAACCAACCACUGACCAGAAUCUGGGAUGUGGAGAAGACCCAGCCCGGUAUUGGACCUGCAGUUUUCUGUGGACUGGGUCUGACUGUGGGUCUGCUCGGUGUGGCUGCUGGAACCUUCUUCCUCAUCAAAGGAAACGAGUGCAGCUGAUUGGCUGGGACUGAUGAUGAUGUCAUUACUGCUGUGUAUAAAGGGUGUAUUUCAGUCAGCAGUUAUAAAUGCAGUAGUGUUGUUGCCAUUAGUUACAGCCAAUACAAUGAGAACAUAUUUUCUAGAUUAUACUACAGACCAGAUAAUUCUGCAUCAACACAUCACUUUAUCUUCUAUCACAAAUC